AAUAGCUAAACCACCCAGGAGAGGACAGGCCAAUCCGGCGAAAAAGGAAUUGUUCCGUUCCUGCGGGGCCCCACCUCCACCUCAACCCCUCCGUCUCUCGCCUCCCGUCCUCCAAAACUGCGGCUCCGCCGUUUUCCUCCAAAACUGCGGCUUCCCCGGCGGCCGGCCCACGAGAUCUGGCAGCUGUGAGUUUUCCGAUUCGGCCCAGCAUUUUACCUUGUCGUUGAGAUUUGAACAGCAAAAUCCAGCCCUACGGAAGAUCUUGUCGGUUGGUUCUCCUUUCCAACCAAUGGGUAGUUGACACGAAAUCCGAAAAGGCCGGUGGGAGGCUGAUGCUGGACAGCUAAGCCCGAGUCCACUUUCCCACCACCCCAUUCUCUUCCCUUCUUCCCUUGAACAGGAGAAAAACACCCAUCUCCCCUGCUCCCUUCUUCUUCCUCACCUCUCUCUCACAAGUCUCUAAGCUAGAGAGAGAGGGAGAGGGGAGUUUGGGAGCAGGGGAGCGAGGGGAGAUGAGGGAGAUGAAAGAAGGGGGGGAGGAGGAAACUGGAAACGAAGAUGGUGGUUGUGGUGGUGGUGGUGGAGGAGGAGGGGGAGUGGGGGUGGUGAGGGUGUUGGUGGUGGAUGACUCCCCUGUGGACAGAAAGGUGGUGGAGAUGCUGCUAAAAAAGAGUGGGGGAAUGUUUGAAGUUAUUGCUGUUGAUAGUGGAAAGAAAGCAAUGGAUUUUCUUGGCUUGAACAAAGGGAAGGUUGAAUCUCCCAAAAGCGAUGACCAGAAGAUUGAUGUUGUCCUUAGUGACUAUUGUAUGCCAGAAAUUACCGGCUAUGACCUUCUUAAGGCUGUAAAGGAGAACAGUUGCUCAAGAUCCAUGCCAGUAGUCAUGAUGUCAUCUGAAAAUGAUUCCCAGAGAAUUAGCAGGUGUCUAGCUACUGGAGCUGCAGGUUUCCUCCUAAAGCCUCUACAAGUGAAAGACAUGCAGAGGUUGAGAAACUAUGCUUGACCAACAGCGCCAGCACCCAGCCAAGACACCAAGAGAAAGCUGCCUGUAGAUCUGAUGGCAGGGAGCAAUAUCUCUGGGCAGCAUCCUGGAGUUGCAGUAGCAUGAUCAAACACUUAAUUCCACAUUGUUUUUUAACACUAAGUCUAGGUAGUGAGAUUCAAGGGGAGUUCUCUGUCUCACCUUGUAAUCAGGAUAUGCUCCUGAUUAGAAAUAUCUUAUUUUGAUUUUCUUGUUCUUCCCAUAUGCUAUGGGGAUUUUUGCUGGAUUUAUGAGAAUGGGAACCGUGGAUUUAUGUUCUUUGCA